AUGGCGGCAAAGAAGGCGGUGAAUUGGAAGCUCUGGUCCAAGGUGCUGAUCGGAGGCGCGGCCGUCAGCGUCGGAGGGCCAGCGUUCACGUACUGGCUGACGCCGACGGAGGAGCAGCUGCGGGCUCGGUACAACCCGGAGCUGCUUCAACGCAGCAUCGAGGGCCGCGAGGAGAAGGAGCAGGAGUUUGACGAGUUCGUGACGCGACUGAAGGCGUACGCCAAAUCGGACAAGCCGAUCUGGGUCGUCGUCAAGGAAGAGGACGAACGGCGGAAGAAGCAGGCGCUCGCGGCGGGCAAAGCGCAGCAGCAAGAGGCGUCGGCCCAGAGAGAGGAGAUGCGGCGGCAGGCGGGCCUCGGAGCGAAAGGUCAGAAGCGGGAAUCCGGCGUCGCAGGACUGUACAACACCAACGACGCACAGGUCGGCUCGGCGGCGGCUGGAGACGGGACUGCGGAGGAAUCACAGAGGUGGUGCUGGCCACCGGUGGCAUCUCAGCUCGACGCGGACUCGAAGCGUCAUGGUCGAUCUGCGGUUUGGGAAUACGAACUACCUACCUAG